GAAAACCCCAAACUAAAUCAAGACUCCUAUGUUAAACACCACGAGUCGACUAGCAAACAAACCUUAGCACUCGUUGCACCCUGAAAAACUUUGAUAUCGGAAAAAUUUUUUACGUGUAAUCACGUGACUUCGAAUGACGGGGAGCAACGACAGCAACGUGCAUUAUUUCUUUUCGUCCCUCAGGAAAUUAUUCAUUUUCAUUACCCACUCUUUCAUCUUUUCCAAACUCCCGAUCCGCAAUGUGUUUAGCGCCUCCGUUCUGAUGUGUUCCCAUUUUAUAUACGUAGAAGCUGUUGUAUUAAUCUCUUCCAGUUCUAUCAGCUUCUCCUUUAGACCUUCGGAUGCAUCAUCAGUCACUUUGUUUCGUAUGUGCUUUAUUUUCCCGUCCACGCGAUACUCCUUUAUGACUUCAAUGGCUUCCUUCGGCGCAAUGUUAUUUCAUUUCAGAGGCAUUUUGGUCGUGACUUCUACUUUGUUGGCUUUGUCCUCUGAAUCCAAAUCUGAGCUCGAGUCUCCUCCUACUCGCCAUUUGCUAAUCACGUCCACUAUUACCUCUUGGUUAUUGAGGUUCGGUUUUGAUAUCUACUGGCCGCCAUUUUUCUAACUUUAUGUAUAUUUUAUCUGUCUGCAGUGUAGCAAUAUUUACCGGAAGACUAUCUAGUGGUGUCGUAGCAGGCACUUUCGCCUUCUCCCUUUCUUUCUUCGUCUUGAAAUUCCGCACCUUCCAUAUCAUCUCCGCAUUACACUGCCGUUUGUCUAAGGAAAUAUUUAAGUAGUCUUUCGGGUAUUUAAUGGAGCAGCAUGAUGCUAUGCAUGGGUGGGAGCAUAGAGUGCUU